AAAUAGUGUUUUUUUUUUUUUAUAAUUGUCAACACACUACUUUUACACGCAGUCAAUUGUAAAUAACUGCCAGAUAUUGAAAGUUAUUCUGGAAAAACGGGCAAAAGUACUUCACGUCACGGAGCAUUUUCUGGCCCUUUUUAUAGUUACAAUGAGCAAAAAAGACGGACAUUUUGAGGCUUAGGUGUUUGGAGAAAAACAGAUUCCAGGUUAUUCGUGUAAUUGAGUACAAAUUUCAGGUUUCUGUACUUUAUUUACAUAUUUUUCUUGCAACUUUUACUCCACUACAUUUCCUCUAAUGUCUAUUAUUACUCGUUACUACCAAAUAUAAUCAGAAGAAGAGUUGGUAUUAUGUUCUGUAUUUACAGUGGUGUGAAAAGUGUUUGCCCCCUUCCUGAUUUCUUAUUUUUUAGCAUGUUUGUCACACUUAAAUGUUUCAGAUCAUCAAUAAAUAACACAUUUAUUCUCAAAAUUCUGGGAACCAAAUCCGAAUUUUGAGUUUAUUCUCAGAACUAUGAGUUUAUUCUGACUUAAAACUCAGAAUUCGGACUUGUCAGAUCUCAAAUGUUUUUCCCCGGGUACAGAUCUGGCACUGUUGCUGCAGUUCCAUUCCAGGCCACUAGGGGGCAGCACUGCUCAAAAUAAAAACAAAAAAAAAAACAUCAAAGAAACAACAAGAAGAAGAAGAACGCGACCUGAAGCUAAAGCUAGCUAGCCCGUUAGCUCGCUGUGUGAACGUCGGCGUCCUCGUGUGUCGCGGGUGAAUGAAGCAGCGAUGUCUGCUCUCCGGCAUCUGAGAGAGUUGAUCAGCGAGCGACUCACCGCCGCCGCCGAGGAAAUCUUCAGAGCCUUCGAGAAAACCGUGGUGGAGUACGAGGAGGAGGUUGCUCGUCAGCGCAGGCUGUUGGAGGUCGCGUGGAAACCUGCUGUAAAACUACAGCGGAUAGGGCUCCAACAGCAACAUGUGUGUAAAGAGGAGGUUCAACUCCUCGCUGAGCAGCAGCUCUGUCACCAGGACAGGAACUUCCGUCUGGACCAAGGAGAACCACAGUUGCAGCUGCUUCGAGAGGAGCAGGAAGAAAUGUGCAGCAGUCAGGAGCAGCUUGUACUGAAGCAGGAGGCCGAUACCUUUAUGUUGACUCCUGAUGAUGAAAGUGAUCGCACGGAAGCCGACGGUGACCACCACCAACUUGCUGUCAUUGCUGAGAGUCACGAUCAGACCUGGCAAGACGUGAACCCACAGAAGAGCCAUGCGAAAGAGAGAAAUCUGUGCAACACUUGUGGGAAAUCUUUUGUGUUCAUGAGCCAACUGAAAGUGCACCUGAGGAGCCACACCAACGAGAAGCCCUUCUCGUGCGAGACGUGUGGCAAGGAUUUCGUGAGCAGAGGUAAUUUGAAAACCCACCAAAGAACACACACGGGCGAGAAGCCGUUCUGCUGCGGCACCUGUGGCAAAAGGUGCUACGCUUCCAACGACUUGAAGAAGCACGUGAGAACUCACACGGGCGAGAAGCCGUACUCCUGCAGCAUCUGUGGCAAGCGUUUCAACACGUCUGCAAAUCUGAACGCCCACCUGAGAACUCACUCGGGCAAAAGGCCAUUCACCUGCAACGUGUGUAUGAAAUGCUUUGGCCGUAAAGGAGCGUUAAUGUACCACAUGAGGAGUCACCUGCUUAUUUCUCCAGAACCGGUGGCAAAGGAUCAGUUGGAUGCACAGAUUUAGAAAAAGACACAUGAGAACUCGAUGAAAUAUCUAAUUCUAUAAUCACUUUUAAAACAUGUCGUGCUUUGAAAGAGAACAAUUAGCAAAGGCUACAAUUGAGUUACUUCUUGGGUUCUUGCCAUUUUUUUUUUAAGGAUUUGUGUCACAAACAUGCCAGACACAUUUUUCACUUUUUCUUAUUCUGAUAGUGUUUUGUGUUAAUUACCUUUUUUUUUUUUUAAAUAUUACAUUUUGGGUUUGAACCAACAUUUGUAGCUGUGAAAAAAUGAUUGCUAUUGUCAAAAGUAAUUAGCAAUUAGAUAUUUAUUCACAAUCGUUCAGCCCCAGUCUGUGGUGUGGGACUGGUUGUCCAUCAGAGAUGAUUUCUCUUGUGAUCUUUCCUCUGUCUCUGAGACCCAUGAUUCGGUCCCUGCGGUCCACUCCAGAGAAGAUGAAAAAAUAACCGUGUACUUCUCAUACUGUCUUUAUAUAGGUUUUGCAAGACUGUGGGAAAAAGGGACAAAUUAUUUGUUGUACACUUAAGUCUUGGAAAUAAAAAACCAACAUUGAGUGCACAUUUUGUUUUACAAAUGUAAACGCUAACACUUUCAUAUACAAACACCCUUGUUUGACAGACCGUGUUAAAGGCUCAGUGUGUAAAAUUAUAAGUACCUAUAAAUAUGAUUCAAAAAAUAAAACUGUACAAUCACCUUAA